AUGCCUGUAUACCAGCCUGCCCAGAGUAUAUGCCUGUAUGCCAGCCUGCCCAGACUGUAUGCCUGUAUACCAGCCUGCCUAGAGUCAUUGCCUGCAUACCAGCUUGCCCAGAAUAUAUGCCUGUAUAUCAACCUGCCCCGACCUGCCCAGAGUGUAUCCUGUAUACCAGCCUGCCCCGAGUGUAUGCUUGCAUACCAGCCUGCCCCGAGUAUAUGUCUGCAUACCAGCCUGCCCAGAGUAUAUGCCUGUAUACAGCCUGCCCAAAGUGUAUGCCUGUAUACCAACCUGCCCAGAGUGUAUACCUGCAAACCAGCCAGCCCAGAAUAUAUGCCUGUAUACGAACCUUCCCAGAGUGUAUGCCUGUAUACCAGCCUGCCUAGAGUCAAUGCCUGCAUUCCAGCCUGCCCAGAGUAUAUGCCUGUAUACAAGCCUGCCAGAAGUAUAUGCCUGUAUACCAGCCUGCCUAGAGUCCAUGCCUGUAUACCAGCCUGCCUAGAGUCAAUGCCUGCAUACCAGCCUGCCCAGAGUGUAUGCCUGUAUACCAGCCUGCCUAGAGUCAAUGCCUGCAUACCAGCCUGCCCAGAGUAUAUGCCUGUAUACAAGCCUGCCCAGAGUCAAUGCCUGCAUAACAGCCUGCCAAGAGUGUAUGCCUGUAUACCAGCUUUCCAGGAGUAUAUGCCUGAAUACCAGCCUGCCCCGAGUGUAUGCCUGUAUACCAGCCUGCCCAUAGUCAAUGCCUGCAUACCAGUCUGCCCAGAGUAUAUGUCUGUAUACCAGCCUGCCCCGAGUGUAUGCCUGUAUACCAGCCUGCCCCGAGUAUAUGCCUGCAUACCAACCUGCUUAGAGUGUAUGCCUACGUACCAGCCUGCCAAGAGUCCAUGCCUGUAUACCAACCUGCCCAGAGUAUAUGCCUGUAUACCAGCCUGCCCAGAGUGUAUGCCGGUAUACCAGCCUGCCCAGAGUAUAUGCCUGUAUGCCAGCCUGCCCAGAGUGUAUGCCUGUAUACCAGCCUGCCUAGAGUCAAUGCCUGCAUACCAGCUUGCCCAGAGUAUAUGCCUGUAUAUCAGCCUGCCCCGAGUAUAUGCCUGUAUACUAGCCUGCCUAGAGUCCAUGACUGUUUACCAGCCUGCCUAG